AUGUUAGAAAACUAUCUAAACUAUUUGAAAGAAUAUGAAAAUUUUAGCGAAGAUAAUAAAUGCUUAAACAAGUAAUAUCUAGAAUGUAAAGAAGAAAAUAGAAAAGAGUGUAUUAGUAAGUCAUAUAACUAAUUUGCUUGUACUACUUUAAGAUGUGGAUUUGAAUUAGAUGGAGAGUUAGCAGAAGUAUAUGGAUCAUGUAUUUAAAGAUAAUGUAUUAGUGAUUCAGAAGAAGUUUAAAAAUUAAGUUUACAAACUUACUAAUGCUUAUAUGCUGCUAAAUAUAAUCCUGAAGAUGAUCUAAGAAGAUUUUAGAGUUAUCAAAAAGAUUAAUAAGAUUUCGAAACAUAAUUUGAAUAGAAAUAGCCUAAUGUAUUUAUUGAAGAGUCUUAUUAAAAAAUGUCUAAUGAUCAAAAUAAAACAUAAGAAGAUAUAUGUUUUAUAGAACAGCUACAAAGCUGCCAAAUGGAUGCUGAGUGUUUUAAGCAAUUUGUAUUAUCAUUCUUUUGUGUAGUAAAUAGAUGCCUUAGUAAAUCUGAAAUAAAAACACCAGAAAUCUAUGGACAAUGCAUUUAAAAUUAAUGUAAAAGUGAAUCCAAGUAAAUUUAAGAAAAGCAAUAAAAAAUGUAUUAAUGCUUAUAUUUUGAUAAGUAUAACUAAUAUGAUGAUAAAUUUGUUAUUCCUGAUAUUAAUAAAACUAGUAAUGAAUCUCACUCUUCCUUAAUUGCAUUACCUUUAAUUACAAUAAGCAUUUUAUUAUUACAAUUCUGA